UUUGUGUUGUCUCAAGGCAAACGUCGCUAGACCACACGAUCACAGUCAUGAAUAUGCUAAAAGCAGGGUCUUUAGCCCGCUACCCGCCAUCAUGCGGGGGUGGCCCGUAGUAUAUACGCACUGACAGUCCGCCUUAGGUAUUUUCUUUUGCUGUUCGCUUCUCCCCCUUUGUUCUCAAACAAUCGUUCAUGUGGUUGUGGACCGCUGGCUGGUACCUAGGGUAGUACUUGUGCACGAUGAUGCUCUUUUCACCGCCAAGGUGCGACUCUCGCGUGCCUUCCGCAUCUGGACGACAAACAGUUCCUGUUGCCUUCACUUCUCCAGCUCCAGCUGUGUUCUCUUGGCUCGUGGAAUCUCUGUCUACAUCGCCCUCACCUCGUACUCGCCAACCCACAGACGCGCCUUCCUCUCAACGCAACUCUCACCCACGAACGUCUCCGCAAUCGACCCCACUAAGGAACAUCAAAGAUCAACAAACCUCCCAUUCUGACAAGAUGUCAUUCGACUAUGACCAUUAUCAAUGCAGCCCGAGGUCACCUGCGUACGAGCCCAUUUUGGGCAGCAUCAUUGAGACGGCCGAGAUUGAAGAUGAAUCAGGCAUCGAGAUUGAGGCCAAACUUUCGAGACCCUCACUCAUCAAGAUCGAUUCCGCAUCGCACGACGUGCCCGAGGCCUUCAUCCCUGACAUGUCCAUCGGCCCACCAGAACUCGCAACCAUGACUGCCAAGGGCAGUGUUAUUCAGUUCGCGCGUAUGACUACGACCAAAGUCACUUCUGUUCGACGUGUGCUCCGUAAGGUCCUGGAAGCCGACAAGGUCCGCCGUCGCAAGGCUCUCAAGGUCUACCUCAAGGCUCUCACCUUCUUGCGGUACAUGCUAAAGGCGCAUGACCGCUAUGGAUCUGCAAUGAUGACGACUGGUAUGUACAUGCCGCGGUGAAAGGAGUGCGGUGUAAGAAAAGCGAUUUCUGAGAUUCGGGCUGGACGACAUUUACGGUUAUACAUGAGCAAUUUUGGGUUGCAGCAUUGCGCGGCGUUUUAUAUCCAAUGGCAGUUGGUUUACGGGAAGACACAAGACUACGGUCUACUUUUACAUUUCUUCGGUUGCAGCGUCUGACAACAGAUAGCAAUGCCAUCCUUCAC